UGAUAUGUAUGUAUAUAUAAUUUUUUUUCGCAGAGGACCCGUAAUCUUACCUAACCGCUUUCGGUCUAUUUUUGGAGAAGACAAGCAAAUGAUUGAUCAUUCCAAUGCAGUAAAAAUGCUUUCGAGAUAGAGCAAUUAUGGAGUUAAAAUAGCGUUUGGCGUCACAGUCUACCGAAGCGAAGGGGAAGCGAAAUACUUAGCGUUAAUUUAAGGCAUUAUUUAUCAUCAGAAUAGAAUGUACUGACAAGUCUGGAAACGCAAUGACAGCGAUCAUUAAAGAAGCAUUACGCACGAUGUACCGAAGACCGCCUUUCUACGCAGUGCCGGCAGCAGGCGCACAUUACCCAGCAUCCCCUGCACAAAAUGGCAUCAAGAGUCCGCCACCAUUUCCAAGCAGACGAUCGCCCGGAGCGAAUUUGUUUGACAGAGCACAAGGUUUUUAUCACGCAGGUCUCACCGCACGUCAAAUCAUGCCUGCUACGGCUGUUGCUAUGGAGGAGCAAGCUCCCCUGGAUUUAUCCAAACCUAAUAAUAAGACUAAGUCACCACGCGAAGUUUUAAUAAGAGAUGUCGACAGCCCUUUGGAUUUAUCAGUGAAAACACGUAAAAGAAGUGCAGAUACGACUGACAAUGAAAAUGACGAUGACGUCAUAUUUCUCAAAGAGGAAGGGCCGCCUCAAGCCAAAUAUGCAAAGGACGAACAACACACUUCACAAGCUUUUAAACUGCAGAACAAUCUCAACAUCGGGAGUCCGAGGCGAACAUUUUGUAAAAACAAUGGUUAUCUCAUGUCGCCCAGUCCUGUGAAAGAGCCGCCACUAUACACGGGGACUUGCACUCCCGGGAAUCAGGUAGACCGAAACCCUUACGGUUCUCAAGCAGAUGUUACGAGCAAUCAGCAUUCGCCGCUUGGUCGUCCCAAGUUCAUGCAGCAGAUCAUACCUACAGGCACGCGAACUUUUCAACCGCAGUCACGGCCUGUAGGGGGCGUGACAAAUAUAAACCCUCAUUCUCAGCCCGGUGCUAAUAAGAUACCUGGGUCGACUGUUCACAUUCCUACCAGUGCUAAUAACACAAUCUCUCCAGAGAGACGGGCGGUGAACCGUUCAGUGGCACCCUCUCACGGCAACCUAACUCCUGGCAGACCAUACACCUCUAAAACAGACGCCACCUCGCACCGGACAGUAAGCCCCGCAGCCUUGGAUGCAUUCAUGGCCCUCAGGCAAAAAUCUUACGGCCAUGUUUCACCGCAUCAGGAAAUGAAUGGUAAAGCAGCGGCAAAACAGUUAACUGGGUCACCCGAGAAAAAUACUUUUCAAAAUGUUCACGAUGCUGGGGUGAGGCAGUGUGCCACUCGUUCAAUUGGUCAGAUUCCACCAAUGCCGCCCUUGAUCAAGGUGUCGCCCUCUGCAGGGCACAAUGAAGUCAGCGGGACUUCUUUACAGCGAUACCCUGCAAACGGCGGACACACAGUCGCUAAAAUGUCGCCGUCCCCUUCUAAAGCUGCGCCGGAAUAUCAGACAGUGCCUAACCACCACUAUGGAGCUGUCCAAAGCCGCAAGGGGACCUCGGGGCUGUACCAGCAGCAUCAGGUACCCCAUGUUGGAACGACGUCGCACACGCAGUCUUUGUCUCAAAUAACAAUGCACCAUACCGGAACAUUAGCAGCAGCUCAGGGUUUGUCGCAGAUACAACGUGCCCGGAUGUCCGCCCCAUUGCCACAGUAUAACAGAUCGCCCCAACGCGCCAGAACCCAACAGACAACGCAACAGAACACUGCGCCACAAAAUCAAAUGGUCGUGCAAGAAAGAUCAUACCCGGAAGUAACACACGUUCCGAACUCUCGCGCAGAUCUCGUAGGAGAACCUAGGGUGCAUACGCAACCUGCUCAACCACACCACAGGUUCAAUCAAUAUUCCGAUAUCAUGGCAAAGAAUAUUACUCAAACAACAGAAAAAUACCAAUUUCCUUUAAGAACAGUCACAAAUGCUACAACAGCGGAGCUUGUAGGGCAGCCGAGGGUAAAACAGUCGCUGCCUGACUACAAACUCGGCCAGGUCCCCGAUUCAACAGCUCGGCAUGAAACAACAGGAAAACUGUCUGAAUAUUCCGCAGACACAACGCAUGUGCUCGCUUCAAGGGCUGUCUUCGCGUAUCACAAGGCAGCAAUGCAUUACGCAAAAUCUAAAAUGGCUGCAGGUACACUGCAGCAACAUUCAUCUGCGUCGAUCGAGAUUACAUCCGGGCACUCCGUUGACGCAGUAAAAUCUGGGCACCUAAAUGAUACAUCAACCAGCCAUUUUGGCAUCUCUAGAGAAAAUAUGCCGUCGCUAGGCAACCAGAAGCAGGCGAACAGCAACAAUACAAAUUGUACAGGUCGAACGACUGGUCAGCCGGCGUUCGGACAUCAAAGGUCAACUGUCACUGCCCUUCCAGAUAAUAACGCCAACAUGCGCGUUCAAAAUGAUGACACUUACCAAGCGGAAUCUACAAAAGCAGACAACACACGGCCUUUAUCUAAGAACGAUGGCGUUCCUCGGCAACAUUCUCUUAAAGAGGACUUCAUCCGGGCCAUUAAGAAAUAUGAGGUAUUUAAUGUUAACCCGCUGGACGUGAUGAAACUGCGUAACGCCUCGGAGUCCGCGCACAGUGGUAGUAUAGUUAAUGGGACCCCGUGGACACCUGCGAAUAAAACUGAAGCAGCUGAUGCUGCAACAAAUGCCGCAGAAGGUCCGACAUCUGACUCAAUACGCACUCGCAGCAAAAAACAACGGUCUGACAACCAAGUGCUUGUUCCUGUAAGUCGGACAUCGGGUGCUAAAGUAGUUCAAGGUGCAGUGGUCUCAAAUCACUUCAGCACCAAUGAGUCGUGCUCUCGACAUGAAAAUAUUGCCACUUCUACACCUAUAGCCUUCCUCCCUUUUCAAAUUACACAUCCUAUCACGGCAAAUGUUUCUAGAGCAACCCAUUCAUACACCUCUACUCAACGUAAUACGGAAAGGCAGAAUCUUUCGCUUUCAAGCGACCCGUCAGGACAGUCUUUAAGCGGUAGAAGUGCUACUGCAACCUCGGCGGAGACCGCCUCGAGUGUUACGUCAUCAAAGGUAACUCCAAGCGUUUUGCGUGAUACUUCGUCCACCUCUGUCACACCACUGUCUUCAGUUCCGAAUCUUUCGGCGUUUAUGCCAACCGGACAGGGCAACAAGUCCCCGCCAUCACCAGUUCGGGAUAGCCAUCAAGACGGGCCACAGACUGUGGUGCCAUCUACCCGGCCAGCUUCCAUGCUGCAAGCUAUAGAGCAGAGUGCGCGCGCCGUCACGUAUCGGGAUUACAAAAAGCCCACCCCCGUUACAAGUAAGAUUGUAAAUAACAAGGGGUCGAACAAACCAGGAAGUAGUAACAGGCCUAACACUCGAUGUAGGGCUCCUGCACCAUCUGGUGAGUGUAACGCAACUGAUGAAGACGAGCUGAUCAAGUAUCGCUCUUCCCUUCGCAUGCCCCCGCAACUGUUAAGAACCAAGGUGGCGCCUAAUCCAGUUCGAUCAAACACAGCGGGAGUUGAUAGCAGCAUAAAACCUUACAUUUCGGUGACCAAAGCAUCUGUCAGUCCGGCAAAAUUGGAUCCUGGGAACAGCGGUAGAUAUGCCGAUAGCAACACCAAGAAGGAAACUGGAAAUCCGAUUAAGUCAGAACCCAUAAAGGGAGAUCUAUUGCUAAGCACGUGCCUGCCGUUCUGCAAACGAAUCCGACGACGAAGCUAUAACAAGAAUGCGGCCUACGAAGCUGAGCUUUCUCGGGAGGAAGAACGAUUGGAACUCAAGCGGGCCAACCGUCAAGCGAAACGAAACCGAGAGCAAGAACAGUCCAAAGAAAAAGAAAAACUGGAAACAUCUACAGAAAUGUCGGUGGAUGAGGGUGAUGAAUCGCAGGUGGACGCAGACGACAUUUCCCCUGUCAGAGGGAGGCGAAAGAAACGCGGCGGGAAACAGUCUACCGGAAGUCGUGGCAGCAAACGCACGAAAAAAGUUGAGGUAAAGAUAGAUUACGCAGGAUGUGAAGACGCGGACACAGACGAGUAUUACUAUGAGGAUAACUACGCAUACGAGGGGGUGUCGGAAGACCUGCCGUCUCAUCUGCAUGACGAGUUGAAUGACAUGAUUGACGACGGCACCACACAGAGCGAGGAACAGUUUGACAAGCCAGCCGAGACUAACGAUAGCUGCGCCCAGGACCGCCGCACGCCUCCGCUGUUGAAGAAGUUGACGUGUAGUAAAACCUCGGGAGAAACGGUUCUUCACCGAGCGGCGAGGAUGGGGUACGAGGACGUUGUUCUACACUGCCUGGAGACGAAGCGGGUGGACAUUAACGCCAAGGACAACGCAGGGUACACGCCGCUCCACGAGAGCUGCGUGCGAGGCAAUCUGUCUGUAGCCAAACACCUGCUGGAGUUCGGUGCCAAUGUGAACUGUAGCUCACAGGACGGAAUACGGCCCAUACACGACGCCGUGGAGAAUGACCACGUGGAGAUCGUGCGGCUGCUGCUGUCUUAUGGGGCGGACCCCACUCUGGUGACGUACUCGGGGAAGACGCUUAACAAGAUAGCACGGUCCAAAGCCAUGAAGACGUUCUUAGAAGGCUACUUUGCUGAUCUCAAAGUUGGUGACAAAAGCACAGAGAUACACCCAUGGGAAUUUGCCGGUUCGUCUUCAAUACUUGAUCCCCAAGAAGAGGUGGGUUACGACAUCUUUGCAGACAUGCCCUCAGACUCGGACUCCGACUGCGGCUACGAGAGCGACAUCGAGUUCGAGAUGGGGGACAAGCCGCACGUGCCUUGUUAUAACAUCGUGUGCGAGGACGACCAUGGACCCUGCAAUUACGUUGUACUGUUUGACGUGCUGGAUUACCUCGACAUGAAGAAAAACGAUUUCAUUAAUUUUCACGGAAACCUCACGUUCGUGUCCUUAAAGAUGAGCGAUUUUGCUGAAGCGAUAGCCAGCAGCGUGGUGAACAACAGGUGUAAGUGGGUGACAGGGGACAUGGCUAAAUCACAGGGGUAUAUUGAGCUGGUCAAGCUAGAUGAUAACCUGAGAAGAAUCUUUGGUACCUCGAUGGAAAGGUUGCCAAAGGUACAGCCGGCGGAGACACAGGUAGUGGAGUUGGUAAAUGCCGGGUCUGUUGUUACGCCAAGCACCAGUUCCGCCCCAAAUAACAUGUUAGAGCCAGACGACAUGAGAGUUAGCAUUAAGAAAGAAAUAAGUGACUACGACGAAGAACCUGUCCAAAUGGAAACUGAUUUUACCCAAUCAGGUUCUGCGGAUGUCGGAAGUCCGGAUGAUGACGAGCCGCCCGUGCUGUAUGUCAUGUGUGACCCCGCAGAAUUACAAAGGUCUCGUUUCCGGUCCCCCGUACACCCAGCAACUACAGAGGCUCCGGACGCCAUGAUGACGUCAUUUGACGGUUUACACGAACGCGGAGCGGUGUUUGCAGUCAAAGAAGGAACAACAGCUGAGAAACUUUCUGCAGAACUUCCAUUUCCUCCUGCGAUCCGUCCUAUCAUCCAAGCCAAGCCCAGUGAAGCAGACGCCAUCUGUGAGCUUAGGAUAGCAGACGUCUGCAGUCUGGCGGGUAAAGGUGUUGAACUGUUCAAUAACAGCGCAGGCGCGUUGCCGGGAAUGUUUGAAUCUCAAGUCUCAGAAAACAAAGCUCGGCGAACGGAAAACGGAAUGGACGAAGACACCGAUGAUGAUAUGCCUCAACUUACAAUGUGUACAUGA